AUGGAGUAUGCUUUUGACAUACCUUCUACAUGCUCCGGAGUCGUGACCAAUAGGUGCGACCUCAAGGUUGUGAAUCACGUAUUUGAGGAGCUAGAUGAUGAACAUCAAGAUCUGUUUUUGGAAUCUUGCUUCCGCCCAUUAGUGCACAUUCCGGAGUUGAAGUUGUCGUCUCAAAUUAUCCACCACCUUCUUAUGAGGACCUUGAAAUCAUCCGAUAACGAAAAACAUGCCGUGUGGUUUAAGUUUGGAGAAAACCAAGCUAGACUCGGGUUACAAGAAUUUUCUCUUGUAACCGGAUUAAAGAUCGUGGAUGAUCCCGAGUACGAGGUCCCCGAAAGAAGUAGUUCACUUUUGCAUCUAUUCAAAAAGAAGCGUGGGAAGAUAAUGAGGAAGGAUUUGCUUGAGAAAUUUGAUAAUUUGAAGAAGAAGGAACAUGCACACUUGAAAUACAAAUUGGGGCUUAUCACGGUCCUCGAGCACGUGAUUUUGUCUGCAGAGUGUCGGACUCUCGUAAGUGAAAAAUGGUUCCAUUUGGUUGAAGAUUUGGAGCAUUUCAAUAGUUAUCCUUGGGGAAACUUAUCGUAUGGGUACACCGUAAAGUUGUUCAAGAGGAACACUUUCGGUAAAAUAAAAAACCUAAAGCUGAUAAAGUAUUCUCUUCACGGAUUUCCCCUAGCUAUCAUGGUUCAAGUUCGACGAACGUUACAACCUUCAAGUGAUGAAGUUGAAACUUCAUACUUGAAGGAUUUCAGCAUAACUUCAGAGGAACAAGAAAUUGUGCUUGACGAUGAGGAAGAAGAAGAAGGAGAAAAAAAUGAGGCUGAGAAUGAGAAUGAGGAUGUCAGGGAAGUUGUGACGGAAGUUGUGAAGGACGAGAUGAGAAUAUUUUCUGAGCGAAUGGAGAUGAAGAUGGAGAUGAAUAUGGAGCGAAUGGAGAUGAAGAUGGACAUGAAGAUGAACAAUUUUUUUGACCGAAUAGAAAAAUUAGUAUUUCAAGCAAAAGCUGGUCCAUCUACCCGUGCUACCUAUGACGGGACAAAUGUUGAUGAACAGGUUGAACCGGAGAUUAAUAUGCGGGAUACGGAGACCGGUCGAACAAUAGAUGGUGUUGAAGACACGGUAAAAUCACCAUCUCCGAUGCCCCAACAAGAAAUGGUUGGACUUAAUGAUGAUGCGGGUUUUGUGACUUGCCCGUCAUCAGCCAUUGUUAUUUACCAAGAGAGACAACUUGGGACACCGAUGGAGAUAGAGAAAAUCGUUGUAGACGAUCAACUUGAGUCUCCUGAGAUAGAGAAAAUCGUUGUAGACGAUCCAGUUGAGUCUCCUAAGGGGAGAGGGCUCCGGAAGAAAAGACCGGCUGCCGUUUUAUGUACUCCUCUUGGAGUUGAGUUGUUCUCUGGUGGUAUAGCAAAUAAAGAUUUUUUAAUGAACUUGUGA